GUUUCAACGCCAUCUUCCAGCCCCACCCACCUGUGCCAACGGAAACCCGAGCCUGUGGCGGUGCAGAGACCGAGCCAGAGUGGAGGAAUACCCGGCCCCGGCGUCUAAGACAUGUCUGAGGAGCAAGGAGGUGAACAUUUAUCAGUACUAGGCAACCAAGUAAAACAUCCAUUGGAAAUAAAGAGAAAUGGUCACAACACAGAGGAAACGGAGUUUCUGGUUUUACAUAAAAGAAGGCGAGUUGCUUCUUCAGUGGAAGAUAAUACAAUGAGCACUCAAGAAACUGAUUAUGAGGAUAGUGGAAGUGUUGUGUAUGAAUAUGAACCAGAUUAUGAAUGUGGUAGUGUUGUAUCUGAAGCAUCCUACACAGGACAUUAUCAAAAAACACUUAUGGAAGUCCUGAACUAUUGCCAGGCAAUGUAUGAUGCAAUCCAGAAACUAGAUAAAAAGUUUGACCUGCUUCAUGAAAAGGUUUCAGAAAUGCAGCAUACUCGGAUGAAGCCAUUGCUUCUCAAACCUAGGCCAGUUGGAUUUACAUAUAGAAGUUCUAAUCAUGUACCUCAUGGAAAAAUUCGAGUACAAAAACCAGUGGAAAGGGAAUCCAGCAUUCAGGUAUCUCCCCCUGGAGAGGGAGGUCAUAGCUCAUCUUUGGCAGUAGUGCUACCACAAAAUCACGUUCAAACCAACUCUGUAGGAAAGUCUGUUCAGACACCACUGAAAAGUGAACCACAGCAACAAGACCUCAGACAGAGUCCACCUCUUCCUACAAUUGUCUCUACACAUUCAUUGUAUCAACCAUUCAUGAUAGGAGCCAACAAACCUGAUCUUUCUUUACAAUCUAAGUUGGUCAGCACAGUUGUUGAAAAUACUACCUCAGCUGCAAAAAGUUCUCCAGUAAUAACUACAGUGGUACCAACAAAACCAGAAGCCUGUCUGGGAAGGAAUACUGUCAUGACGGGUUACCCAUCUUCACAGGAAAAUGAAAGUCUUAAUCAAGAAGUACUUCCAUUAUCUAUCUGCAUCAAUCCUAGUUUUGAGUACAUUGGUGAUCCAAAGAGGAACGUAAAGGUUCUUGGGACAUAUUUGAUGAAAGCUCGUCAAAAGACCAAACCCAAGUAUGCAGCACGCUACUUGGUUCGAGUUUUGUUCCCCAAGGAAACACUAUUGUGUAGUGUUAUGGGUGUCAGCGCGUGGGGUCGAAGCACUCUGGAUCCCAAUAAAGUUGCUGCAAUAAGAGAAUUUCUUGCAACACAUUUUCCUAACUAUGAUCUGAGUGAAUAUGGAAGAGACUGGAAAACCUGCAUUACAAAUGUAAAUGCCAUGAUUCGGUGUCUAUGCUGUGAAGCCAAAAUAAGGCCUGAGAAAACUGAAAACAAAGAUAAACUUCCAGUCACCCCAGAUUCAUCUGUGUGUGUAGACUUGAAUUAUAAUAAUAAAGAUGGAGAUGUCAGUUCUCAGGUGCCUCAGACAAUGACUGCCUUAGGAACAAAUGGAAUACAAAGUUCGACUUGGGACAGUAAUUCAUUACCUGAAGUGUUUCAAGCACCUUCAUCUAAGAAAUUGCCAUCUUUAGAACCAAUGCAACUUCUUGGUUAUCCAUGGAGAAAUGUACAGCUGCCGUUUUCAGUGAUCAAUGUGGCAAAGGGAAAGUCCCGUCCGGAACUUUCAGCUCGGUACCUCAUUCGUCACCUCUUUACAGAGGAAAUACUGGUUAAAAGCAAUGUAUAUGGCAGCCUGGAACGUGGCAUGUGUCCACUUGACUGUAACAGGAUUCAUGCUCUCAGAGACUUUCUCCAGGAGAACUAUCCAUCUUAUGACCUAACAGAAACUGGAUAUGAUUGGAAGGCAUGUGUUGCUGCCAUCAAUAGUACAAUCCGAAGUCUUCGGCAUGACCAUAAAAAGGCCACAAGAGAAUUCCGGAGGAAGGCAUUGCAUCAGUGAAUGAGAAAAAUCCUUCAUAAAACCCUUCUGGAUGAGAUACCAUUAACUCAAUGGGUUGCUGUUUCAGCCAUCAUGCUUAUAUCUCCUUGUUAUGUAUGUGUCUCAAGUUGUAAUUUUUGAAACAUGUUGGUGCUUUGGCAGUUGCAGGUUCACAGAAAAUAACAGCCAAACUGGUGAAGAAACAGAGAUUCUUUGUAAGCACAAGUUGUAUUGUAAAAGUGAAACACUGGACAUUCCACAGGCUGUAAAAUGGUUUGUUUGACUUCCUUUAAUUCAGGUAGUACAUAGCGUCAUGAAAGGAAUAGGGUGGUACUUCAGAAGAGUGACUUAAAAGUAGCUAAAAUGAGGAUUUCUUUGAAAUGAAGGUGCAGUAGCACCUGGUACCAUAAUUGGUAUGCCAUGUUUCUUUUUUUUCC